AUGUCGGCCACUUCGAAGCUGUUCGACGAGAUCGACCACAAGUAUGGCGGCAAGGUCAAGGAGAUGAGCGAGGAGCAAAAGAUGCUCGUGGGGCUGCCGUACCUGGCCAACACCGAGGACCUCAUCCGUGCGCGCGUCAAGGCGCGUCGUCUGCAGACCGAGUACAACAAGACGCAGCCUACGUCGGCGCUCGACGAAGCCUCCGGGGCGGCACUGGCCGAGGGGCAGAACCUCAUGUCGGAGGAUCGCAAGCGUCUGCUGUCGGAGCUGCUCGAGCUGCCGCCAGAGCAGGUGGCGAGGGUGGAGAUGGAGCCGCCGCUGUGGUGCGACUACGGCACCAACAUCAAGCCCGAAGGUGCGUUCUACGCCAACUACAACACCACCAUCCUCGACUGUUCCGAGGUGCGUCUGGGCGACGGCGUACUGUUCGGCCCCAACGUCAGCAUCUACUGCGGUACCCACUCGGUCUCGGUCAAGGAGCGCAAGGAGGGACUCGAGCGAAGUCUGCCCGUAGCCAUCGGAAAGGACACCUGGGUCGGCGGAGGAUCGAUCAUCAUGGCCGGCGUGACGAUCGGACAGGGAUGCACGAUUGGAGCGGGCAGUGUGGUGACGCGCAGCAUCCCCGACUGGAGCGUCGCUGCUGGCUCGCCCUGCCGCGUGCUCAGGACGCUCACCGAAGAAGAGCGCGCCUAG